AUGACCAAGUCACCACUGGAGAACAUCCCGGCUGCCGGCACGCCGUAUUUCACCCCGGCCCAAGACCCACCGGCAGGGACGGCCUUGCACCCGGAGUCGGCGCCGACGCUGUUCCAGCCGCUCAAGAUCCGGGGCAUGACGCUGCAGAACCGCUUCGUCGUGUCUCCCAUGUGCCAGUACUCGGCCGAGGACGGACACCACACGGACUGGCACUUUGCCCACCUGUCGCAGUUUGUCCUGCGCGGCAACGCCCUGACCAUAGUCGAGGCCUCGGCCGUCAUGGCCAACGGCCGCAUCACCCCCGAGGACUCGGGCAUUUGGAAGGACAGCCAGAUGGGGCCCCUGCGCCGCAUCGUGACUUUUGCCCACGCGCAGGGCCAAAAGAUGGGGAUCCAGCUCGCCCACGCCGGCCGCAAGGCGAGCACCGUGGCGCCGUGGAUUGCGCCCCGGCAAGGGGGCAGCAGCGCGACGGCGACCAAGGAGCUCGGCGGCUGGCCCGACAACGUCUGGGCGCCCACCCCGGGCAAGUUUAGCGACGGGUUUCCCGAGCCCCGGGAGAUGACCAAGGAGGACAUUGCGGCGGUCGUGCAGGCGUUUGGCGACGCGGCCAAGAGGGCUGUUGAUGCCGGGUUCGACGUGAUCGAGAUCCAUGGCGCCCAUGGCUACCUCAUCAAUGCCUUCAUGUCGCCCCUGUCCAACAAGCGUACCGACGAGUACGGCGGCAGCUUUGAGAACCGGACCCGGUUCCUCUUUGAGAUUAUCAAGGUGAUCCGGUCCGUAAUCCCAGAGUCCAUGCCGCUCUUCCUCCGCAUCUCGGCCACCGAGUGGAUGGAGUACGCCGGCGAGCCGAGCUGGACGCUCCAGGACAGCAUCAAGCUGGCCAAGCUGCUGCCCGGCGUCGGCGUGGACCUGCUCGACGUGAGCUCGGGCGGCAACAAUGCCCACCAAAAGAUUGAGAUCAACCCGUACUAUCAGGUCAACCUAGCGGGGUCGAUCCGCGACGCGGUGAAAAAGGACGGGCAGCAGACCUUGCUCAUCGGCGCCGUGGGCCUCAUCACCGACGCCGAAAUGGCGCGGUCCAUUGUCCAGGAGCAGGACCUCGACGCCCAGGCCCAGCGCGACCGCCGCCCCAGCUGCGGUACCAUUGAGGUCGAACAAGAGGAUACCGGCGGCCAAAAGACUCAGGCGGAUCUCGUGCUGCUGGCGCGUCAGCUCCUGCGUGAGCCCGAGUUCCCCCUGCGCGUUGCCCACCACCUCGGGGUCGAGGUCGCUUGGCCUAAUCAGUAUCACCGUGCUGGCUGGCGCAAGUCGCAGAGAGUUUGA